AUCAUCUGCUGAUUUAAGAUAUGUGGUUCGUGAGGUUCGUGAGUUUGUGAGUUCGUGAGAGUAAUCAGGGUAAACAGGUUGACGUACGGAGUUUGUGGAGUUGUGACAAAUGCUGGCUGUCUGCACUUAAUUAGACAAUCGAAAAACACACAUAUAAAUGGCACGCUAUUUUAGAGAACAGGAUAUCGACGAGUUUCGAGAAUGUUUUUACCUUUUUGCCCGAAGUGGCCAGAUUCGAACUUUGGACGAGUUGACUAUCAUAAUGAGAUCACUGGGAAUGAGCCCUACAAUUCAGGAACUGAAAAAAUAUCUUAAAGAUAAAGGUGGAAAAAUGUCCUUUGCAGACUUCUUGGAUGUAAUGCAUAUCCAUAGCCGAGCAGAAGAUUUGCCUCGUGAAGUGAUAGACGCUUUCAAGGCAGCAGAUCCAGCUAAAAAAGGUACUAUACCUGCUCGUCAGUUGCGACACAUGUUGCUGCACUGGGGAGAACAGCUCAGUGCGAAGGAAGUUGAACAGAUAUUUCGUGAGGCAAACGUUUCACCUGGGGGACAGGUGCAUUAUCAGGACUUUGUGAAGAUUGCUUGUGCUCCUGUACCAGACUAUUACUAGCACAAGUAGUACCGCAUAGCAGAAUUGGCAGCUACAAGAUCAGUUUCAUCAUUUUACUGACAGUAAAGGCAUCUUAAAAUGUUAAGAAUAUUGGUACUUAAGGUUUUUUAAGUGAUUGUUUUAAUUUAGGGGUUUUAUGCUGUCACUCAACACAUAGUGUCCAAUUGUACUUGUUUAAUAGUUUAUGGAUAUAAAUAAAUUAUGAAUUGAUUGUGUUCUUCUGUUUAAUAUAAUAAACUGAUUGAUCUAUUGAUAUAUUCAAUUCAGUUGCUUAUUAUAUAUAACAGAAUCAACGUGUUGUGUGAUGGCAAAAAAAAAAACCUGAAAUCUAUGUACGUUUUAAUAUUAAUUAGAAAAUAUUCUUCCAGUGCAUACAGGUGUACUAUACAGCAUUUUCUAAAAUUUAAAAUUUAAAGGAAUAUUUUGCCAAGUAUUGAUACAUGUAUUUGUGAGAUGAAUAUUUUAAUAGUAUUGAUUAUCAGUCAUUCCAUUAGUUGUGGGAUAUAUAUAUACUGAAGUCUUAUCAAAGUUAAUAAAAUUAUGUCUGAGUACA